GAUUCGUAGGGUGGGUCUUGCAGGGGCUGCACAGCCUUCUCUGGGCCUCUUGUUCUAUUAAUAAGCACUUCCCUUUCGAGCCCUCAUCUGGGCCCUCACCUGCUGAUCCGAUCAACCCCCACAUCCCUGGGAAGGAGACCAGGCUCAAAGGGGCGGACACCAGGGUGGGCCCAGGCCUGCAGCCCCCUGCCACAGAGCCCGGGCUGACCACCCCCCUCCCUGCAGGCACCCCGCUGGGGCAGGAACCGGCCCAUCAACAUGAACCAUUAUGCCAAUAAGAAGAGUGCGGCAGAGAGCAUGCUGGACAUCGCACUGCUGUUGGCCAACGCCUCCCAGCUGAAGGCUGUCAUCGAGCAGGGCCCUGGCUUCGCCUUCUUCAUCCCCCUGGUGGUCCUCAUCUCCAUCUCCCUCAUGCUGCAGAUUGGUGUGGGCGUGCUGCUCAUCUUCCUUGGCCCUCACAGAGCUGCAAGGAGGCCCCGGCCCUUCUCACUAGGCACGUGGUCCAAAAUGUAGCUCCCAUCGUGGCCCCCAGAGGGACCCCCAUGUCUCCAUCUUUCCACUCACCCAAGCUGAGGACACAGGAAAAUGUCAUAACCACUCUCUGCUCUUCUGAGUGUCUGAAUGUCCCAUAAAGAAGGUUUUUAAAGGUGA